UUCGUACUCUGCACGCGUGCGCAUGCUCAGCUCGCAGUUAAGUAAUGUGCUUGCAUUUUGUAAGAGAAAUUCGUCUUUUUAUAGACGCUGCUUAUUGCAUAUGGCUCUCCGAAUGUGCGUGAGAUUUUCCAGAGUCGCCCCACGACUAUUGUGGGACAGUAACGCCCUUCAUCGUGCCUUGGUCCCAAGCAGCCGAAUCCACCUGGCAGGUCUUGUCAACAUUCAAGGUCUUGACACAACUCCAGAGUCGUGGCUGGGUUGCCGCAGAUUCAGUUCGGUGCCACCGAGCUCGGAUGUGACUUAUGAGCAGUUGAAGAAGCUCUUGGCUGGUGGGAAGUCUGUCAUUAUCGAUGUCAGAGAGCCAUGGGAGCUCCGAGAAUACGGCUCCAUCCCCGGCUCAAUUAACAUCCCCUUGGGUCAGGUGAACACAGCUCUGCAGCUAGAUCCGGAAGAGUUCAAUGAGAAGUAUGGUGGUGAGAUACCCCAGAAGAUAGACAACAUUGUGUUCACCUGCCUGGCAGGUAUCAGGAGCAAGAAUGCACUUGACAUGGCCUCCGAACUUGGAUACAAAGAUGUUCAGCAUUACCCGGGUGGAUGGCAAGACUGGGCAAAAAAGGAACACCAAAACUAAAAGUUCAGCAGAAAACUCAAGGUUUUUUUUCCCAUUGUUUUCUUUGGCUGACAGUUAUCUGUAAUUUACAUACAGUAUGGAAUAAUAGUGUUCAUUAACUUUUUUUCCCCUCUCUUGUUUUAUGAUUUGGUCACUUUUUUUCCCAUCUAUGAAUCCCAAAACAGAUUUAUUAGCUAAACACACAGCUUGUUUUCCUAAUGAUCGCCUUAAUAAUCAAUACAGCAAUAAUACUUGAAAUAUUUGUGAAUUGAGUGUGAUCUCUAAUUAUUGACAAUCCAUUUACUACCUGUAACAUUUAAGACUGGUGAUUAUUAAUUAUUUAUAUAUGAUAUGCAGAAGAUGCCCUUGUUUUAUUACCCUGGACUUUAAAUAAUGCAAGGUAUUUAAACAACGGUGCACUGUGCAAUGUUAAAAUAAAGUGGUGUAUUGAAUAUUGUGAACAAUUCUAAAUUUCAAGUUGAUGUAAAUAUGUUGUGCUGGAAAAUGCUGUGGGUCAUAUAUUUGUAAACCUCUGAAUGAUUAAAGUUUUGAUUUAUAAAA